GGAAAGGUUGAAAUCACAGAAGAAGGCAUUAAAUUACUUGAAAAAUUGACGAAAUCAUUGAAUUCUGCUAACACAACAAAUGGUGGAUGCCCCAUAGCUGAAAGUCCAAUGAAAGAAAACAUUUCAACGCCACAUGAUGGUAAAAGCAAUACAUCUAAGAAAAGGAAACGUGGAACGAAGCACAAUUGUGAAGGAGAUGAACAUUCUUCUCAAUCUGGUAUUACCGUUGGUACUUCUUCGUCAGUGCAUAUUCCUCCCUUUCAUACUGAACAGCCGAUAACAUCUGUAAAACAACCCACCAGUGUCAGGUUUCUCGAUGCUUUUGAAUAUGGGGAGGAAUGGCUUCCUGGCUUGUUGAAACCAACGAACUUGAAGAACUUCAUCAGAUGUAAAAUAAAAUGCAAUUUAUCUGAAAAUAAAAAAUCUCCUCACACGUAA